UAAGACUUCUGUAAGACAGUCUUGUUUCAGGAGAUGACCCAGUCUCUCCAGCUUAUCGUCACAUAAACAGAUUUUGUCUCCAAAUGAAAGAUUUGACCACCAUAGCUACUGGUAGAUUGAUAACAAGCCUUCUCCAACCAAAGCCAGUGCCUGGCUGACAUUUCCUGUGUGCUGAAGCUGCUGAAAGAUGGCAGAAGAAGUGGUGGUAAUAGCCAAAUUUGAUUAUGUGGCCCAACAAGAACAAGAGCUGGACAUUAAGAAGAAUGAGAGAUUAUGGCUUCUGGAUGACUCUAAAUCCUGGUGGCGAGUUCGAAACUCCAUGAAUAAAACGGGUUUUGUGCCUUCUAACUAUGUGGAAAGGAAAAACAGUGCUCGGAAAGCAUCUAUUGUAAAAAACCUAAAGGAUACCUUAGGCAUUGGAAAAGUGAAAAGAAAACCUAGUGUGCCAGAUUCUGCAUCUCCUGCUGAUGAAAGCUUUGUUGACCCAGGGGAACGCCUCUAUGACCUCAAUAUGCCUGCUUAUGUGAAAUUUAACUACAUGGCAGAGAGAGAAGAUGAAUUAUCAUUGAUAAAAGGGACAAAGGUUAUUGUCAUGGAGAAAUGCAGUGAUGGGUGGUGGCGGGGUAGCUACAAUGGACAAGUUGGAUGGUUCCCUUCAAACUAUGUAACUGAGGAAGGCGACAGUCCUUUGGGUGACCAUGUGGGUUCCCUGUCAGAGAAAUUAGCAGCAGUUGUCAAUAACCUAAAUACUGGGCAAGUGUUGCAUGUGGUACAGGCUCUUUACCCAUUCAGUUCGUCCAAUGAUGAAGAACUUAAUUUUGAGAAAGGAGAUGUAAUGGAUGUUAUUGAAAAACCUGAAAAUGACCCUGAAUGGUGGAAAUGCAGGAAGAUCAAUGGAAUGGUUGGUCUGGUGCCAAAAAACUAUGUUACCAUUAUGCAGAAUAAUCCAUUAACCUCAGGUUUGGAACCAUCACCUCCGCAAUGUGAUUACAUUAGGCCUUCACUCACUGGAAAAUUUGCUGGCAAUCCAUGGUAUUAUGGGAAGGUCACCAGGCAUCAGGCAGAAAUGGCAUUAAAUGAAAGAGGGCAUGAAGGUGAUUUCCUCAUUCGUGAUAGUGAAUCUUCGCCAAAUGAUUUCUCUGUAUCACUAAAAGCACAAGGGAAAAACAAGCAUUUUAAAGUUCAACUAAAAGAGACUGUCUACUGUAUUGGGCAGCGUAAAUUCAGCACCAUGGAAGAACUUGUAGAACAUUACAAAAAGGCACCAAUUUUUACAAGUGAACAAGGAGAAAAACUGUAUCUUAUCAAGCAUUUGUCAUGAUAAUACUGACCAGAAGUGACUGCUACACGGCUAUAAUUCGUCACGUAAUUGAAGACUGAGAAAAUGUCAGUCCAGUCAUGCUUGAUUGGAAAUUGCUUUCUAACUCUACAUGAGAAUGACUGUAAUACAUAAGUAUUUUUAUUAUAACUCAGCCCAUACAUAUAUACUACAUAUGCAAAGCAUCUGCACAAAGCAAUUCCUUAUCCUUGGUCUUCUUUUUUAUUGUUUUCUUUGCUGUUUUUCUUUUUGCUUCUAAUAUUAAGGUUUUAUAUUUUGAGAAAAUGAUGCAGAUCAGAAGUCUUUAUAUGGAAGAAUUUAUUGGUUUUUUUUUUCCUUUAUUUCCCUGUAAGGGACCAUGUUAGUCAUUUCCGCAGUGGUUUCUCUUCAUAUAAAAUUAUUAUAUCAUUAUAUGGCAUAUGCUAAAAUAAAUUUCAUGGAGAAUGUUGAUCUUUUCUGUGACUAAAUAGCAAUAAUAAAUGGAAAAUUAGAAAUUAUUUUCAGGUAUUUGUUGUAAGCCAUUGUAAAUAUCAAGUAUGUUGUGUCUCCCAUUUUAAAAAAAUUAUUGUCUUCAUUGUAAAGCAAAACAAAUGGGAUAUAGGUUAGAAAAUAUGUCUUGUAUACUUUUAAUUUAUAGCUAUUGGAAACAAAAAUCUCUGAAUUUCUAAGAUUUUUUGAGGGGAUGCUUCUUUCUUAACUGGUUAUUCAGGAGAAUAAAACAGUGUAUGAGAUAUUUAGCUUUUCAAACUCUAAGUGGAUGCUUUAGUGUUACAUUAUUCUUUCUCUGUUGUUAUUUUACCAAGGCAUCUUGUUUUGGGGUAUGUUGAUAUCUAUGUCAGUGUGAAAAAAAGCUGUGGCCAAAUGUUGGGAAAAUAGGAGGCAGUGAGUUACUUGGUUUCUUCCCACCUCUGAACAUCAGUAAUUACCAGGCAUGGUAUUUCUACUAUUUUCAUUUCCUCCUUUUAGCUUUGAGUUUUGGCGACUGAGAUACUAAAAUUGAUUAUAGCUGAGGAAAAAAUGGAAUGUGCCAAAUGGUUAGAGAAAGUUAGUUUUAAAAUCUUACUUUUGCAGGGGUUUCUAUUAGGUUUUUGUUUACUAACAAGCAGAAGUUUUGGGAGACUACUCUGGAGUAUUGAAUCUACUUCCGCAGGUCACAGAAGAAAGAAAACAGCUGUAUUUUGUGGUCUUAGCUCCCCAACCCCGCAUUAUUAAUUCUGGAAUUUAAAUUUAAGCAAAGUAACCUUCAGUAUUUUAAUUAAAAUGCUUACUAAAGCCAUAUAACUUACUAGGAAAUCAUACGAUAUUUUCAAAAACUCCCCAGUGCUGCCUAAGCAAAUAAAUGUUUCUGUUCUUCAGUAUGUUCUAGAUAAGCAUUUCAUACAACAAAAUUACUGAUGUUAAAAUUGAAGUUGUCCAAUACAUGAGGUUUCUGGUUUUGUGUUUUUAAAAUUAUUUUAAAUAUUUUUUAUUCUUUAAUUCUUAAAAUCAUUUAAAGACUUACAUUGCCACUGGGUGGCAGCCCUGGCUUUUCCCACUAAGUAACAGGAGUCUGCAAAUAUAAUUAAGACAUCGAUGUACAAUAUUUCAUUUUCAUCACAUCUGCUUUUAAAAGCUUUUCAGUUCAUAUUUCAUUAUCUUUGUCAGUCUCCCUUUUUUAUUAAGAUUAUUAGUGGGCAAGUGUAAUGGAAAUAAAAGUCAUGUAUACAUACCUUUUUUGCUAUAAAAUCACUUGAAGUUGAGAAUAGUUUUAAAGUGGUUAUAAAUAUGACUAGGUAGUAAACAACUUUUUAUUUAAUUUUAAACAUUUGACAAUGCUUUCUUUUUCUCCAUUUUCCCCCAGUCUUUUUUUUUUUUUUAAUCAAUUAAUACUUUGAUUCACAGUCACGAACUAUUUAUAACAAACUCUGCUGAGCUUAUGUUAAGGAUUUUGAGAAAGCAGCUAGGAAUGGAGUAACAGUGGAAGUAGAUUGCACAUUUCUGUGCCACAGUUAGAUUUAUAAUAACUAGAGAGUUCCCAGAUAGCCCCUAUGACCAUGUUAACAAGCACUGCGUUUACUCAUCUUCAGCUCAUCAGAGUUGGGCAUCUGAUUGUUCAACAAAACAGAGCUUGAACAGCAUCCAGUAGGUGAGGCAGGCAGAGCAGGCUGUAUAACUCUUCCCAUUUGUCAAAGCAGACAAGAGAAAACCUAUUCCACACAGAUAUAAAAGGUAUCAUCAUUCAUCUUUUCUUUUUCUGUUGCCACAUUUUUCUUCUUUCAAGUCCAAAAUUUCUCAAGACCAGGUGGAUUUGCACCAGGUGGCCUGCAAAUGCCAGGGAGAUGAUGAGCCAAUAAUAUCUAUUGUGUGCUCUUGUUAUUAUGGGAUGAAAACCUCACUGGGAACUGUGGAAUUUUGUACUUAAAUGUUUUAUCAGUUUUUUAAAAGUCUUAAACCGGUCUUUACAUCAAUGGCUAUUUUUAUAAGCAUGAAUUUUAUUUGGAGCAAUUUUAAGAAGAAGGAAAAAAACCUUAGAAAACAUGUACAUAGCUAGCUAGUAGCAGGACUUUAUUGGAAACCAGGUUUCCUUAUUCCCAGCCUGGUACAUCCUGUAUCCUACCACACUGCCCUCUGUGUGCUUGCUUUAGACUAAGGAGAGUUCUGGGAAGAGCCGUAUUACAGAAAUUUUCUUCCACAUAGAAGGAGACACUUGGCCAUCAAUUUAAACACAGAUAACACACACACAUAACCCUGCCCAACCCACUUCUAUAAAUAACUUCUCCAAACUCUUGGAAGAACUUAUUUCAGAACUUUAUAUAAGUUCAAUAAUGAAUAGCUUUUUGCAGUAGCUGUUAAUUGGUCAUAAGUUGUUAGGAUUCAGCUGGAUAUAUAUGAACACAUAUAAUGUAUCUUUUACUAUGAACAGUAACACAGGUGCGUAGCGUAAUUCAAGACAGUGUCACAGGUAUAUCACUGAAAACAGGAAGACUAAUCCAUUGCUAUUGCUGGAAGAAGAAAAAGGCCUAGCAGAUGAGUAACUUGGGUUGUUAGGAAAAGACCAUCCUUAUAGAUCUGUGGCACAUAAAUUAUCUCCAGCUUUAAUGCUCUCAUUCUGUCAUCUAAUCCAGAGAUUGCAAAGAAGUAGGGGCACUACUGUCAGCUUAAGUACUUUUGUGAGAAUUAGGAAACGUCUUUCCCCUGCCCCAUCAAUGCAAGCCCAGCCUUUUUCCUUGUUGAAAAGUCCCAAAUUUCAUCACUACCCCUUUCCCACAUCUUGGCUAGGUGCCCUGUUCAGCGUACAGCCAAAUAGGAAUACAGCCCACACAGUGCUUUAAAAAGUCAUUGUUAACAUUUAAAAAUUGGGGAAUUUCACAUAAAAUUCAGAAUUCUGGUUUACCUUGAAUAAUAAGCUGGCAAUCCUAGAGUUGAAUUCCCACAAGGUGACUAUUGGAUAGAACCUAAUGUGAAUGGUCCCCUUAUGUUUACUGAUGCAUGUGGUAAAAAAAAAAAGCCCCCCAAAAACUCUAAUCUACUUCCCAACCUUUACCCCCCCAGUUCAUGUUUCCAAAUGUAGUUUUUGUUAGACCCUAUCUUUCCUGUAACAUGGAUUUUUUUGGUUUAGAAUCUGGAAACUAUCAUUUUUCAGAAAUACCUCAGAUGCAAUGUCCAAAUCAACAAAUUAGAAAUGUAGUAUUACAACAUGCUUUAACUUACUCAUCUUUAAUAUCAUGGUUUUACAACUAUAGUCAUUUCUUCCUUAAAGGACAUUUGAUACAAGAGAAAUGACAUCUUCAUUUUAUGUUCUGAAGAGCAUCCAGCGGACUUUUUAAAAAAAUACAACAUUACUGCUAGGGAAAACCAUUAUUUGAUUCUACUCUGGGCAAGUAGGAAGCUUCUGUGUUCUCAUAAGCUGGUUCUAUUGGUUCAGCAAGUUUAUCUGAUUCAACUCUCAUCUUCUAAACACGUGCAGACCAGUAUGCUAUGCAUACUCCACACCCUAAUUUCUUGUUGUUACAGGACCUAAACCAAGUGACCAAGGAACCGAAAUACAUUUUUCUAGUUUACUAACGAGAUGUUCUUUUGAUCUGAAAGUGUACACCGUUUGCCAAGACUUUUUUAAGGAGUAGAACCUAAAAUGAAAUUGUGAGAUUUUGAAGGACAGAAGGAGUUUCAAUUAUAAUUGGCCGUGUUCAUAGAGGUAAAUGUUUUAAGCCAAAGUGCCCUUUUAAAAAUAUGUUUGUUGGCCAGAACACUUUCAUUAUCAAAUAUUUCAGAAUUGGCCUAUUGCCUACAGUGGCAUAGCACAUUUAAUUUACCUACCGGUCUGGCUUGUUUUUAAAUGUUUCUCUCAAAUUACUUUUUAAGCUGUUUUUAAAACUAGGUAAAGCUGGACUCAGCAUUUUGUAAUAUUGCUAAUUUGUAGUUAUAACCACAGAAGAUAAAAAGAGUAGCCAAUUUCCUUUAUUUCAUGUUUUCUGGUACCUUUUGGAAUCAUAAUGACUGAAGUAGGAAAACAUAAAUAGACAAAAUGGACAUCUAAGGUAAAGAUAUCUAGUUGGUUUAAAUAAAUUUCUGGGCUGGCUCUACAAAAAUUUGUAUCUGGAAAAGUUGCAGAUAGCCUUUGGGAAAUUAUGGGGACGGGUGGGUUCCAGAAUAAGACUGACGUGUUCUCUAUUUUGGAGGAAUGAUUAUUAAUUGAUUUUCUUGAAUUCUUUAGAAGAAAUUUGUAAUCCCUGAAUAUUCAAGCCUGUUGUUUCUAGGAGAGUGUAAUGCCAAAUUUUACUUGUUUUGAUAUGUUUUCUAGAUUCUAGAUAACGAGGAUGUUACAGAAAACAAAUACUGAUUUCCUUGGGGCAUAUGCUAAUCACUUGGUGCCAAGAUGAAAAAAAUAAUUUUUGAACCGUUA